AAGGAAACUCCUCUGCAAUCAUUGUGCAACAUUGGAACCAACCUCUGAAUACUGGCUGGGUUGACGCUGCAAGACGAAAAGACAAGUUAAACGAUUAUCCCUGUGAAAAGCAAAUUUUAUGAAUUACAUAUAGCUCAUGUAUGGGGAAAUCCCCAUUUUUGUUGUGUAAAUGAGCAUGGAAGAUUAUGACUACCUGUUCAAAAUCGUUUUAAUAGGGAAUGCAGGUGUGGGAAAAACCUGUUUGGUUCGACGUUUUACUCAGGGCCUAUUUCCGCCAGGACAAGGUGCGACAAUAGGCGUUGACUUCAUGAUUAAGACCGUUGAAAUAAAAGGGGAAAAAGUAAAGCUACAGAUCUGGGACACAGCGGGACAGGAGAGGUUCAGGUCCAUCACGCAGAGUUACUAUCGCAGUGCCAAUGCUCUUAUAUUGACCUAUGACAUCACCUGUGAAGAGUCUUUCCGAUGUCUCCCUGAAUGGUUGAGAGAGAUUGAGCAAUAUGCGAACAACAAAGUUGUGACCGUCCUAGUAGGCAAUAAAAUCGACUUGGCUGAGAAAAGGGAAGUUACAAGGCCGAAAGCAGAAGAAUUUGCAGAAGCCCAAAACAUGCACUAUCUGGAGACCUCUGCCAAGGAAUCCGACAACGUGGAGAAACUCUUCUUGGACCUUGCCGUUGAACUGAUCCGUGAAGCCAAACAAAACACACUGCUCAACAAUGUAGCCUCCCCAGUUCCCGGGGAAGGCAAGAGCAUUAACUACUUGAACUGCUGCAGCUUCAAUUAGCACCAGGGCUGUCUAAAACAGUGGUAAAGCCCUGAACACCUUUUGGAAGUGCAGGUGAAUGGGAGGGGCGGUGACGUGCUUGAAGCAUCAAAGGUGAUUCACUUUGGUGUGGAGGACCGGUUGGCCGGUGAACCAUAGGAAUGCGCUAAUGGAGAAGUGGAAUAACCUUCCAACGGAUCUGUUCAAUUCUCCUCGUGCAGGCGUUUCACACACUUGCUGCUACACAAUUUCAGGAACACCAUACCUGUUGAAACCAGGACCCCCGUCAUUUGCAAGAUUUGAUUCAUUUUGGGUAACUCUUCUGAGAAGCAGUGGGAUUUGCUUCUUCUAGAGAGCAUCCAGUGGCAAUUCGUAAGGAAUCACCUUCCACCAUUGGUGGAGAUAUGCAAAGCUAUCCUACAAUCUGCAAGCAGAUGGACAUUCCUGACCUUGUGGGACCUCGUGCUCAGCCUGAAAGGAAAUAAUUUUUCACAGACACCAAGCUGCUUGAAGAUACUUUACCAGCAGUAUAAUUUUUUUUAAAAAUCAGAACCACAAAAAACUUAGGCUUGUGGAACAAAUUCUUAAAUCUUCUCUUAAGUCUUUUAACAAGGGACUCGUCUAAAAUAACUUGUGAUUCAUGUCAUGACAUGAAUGUGGAAUCGUCCAAUAUAUACAGAAUUCUUCUGGAGUACCUGAGUAGGUUUUAUGUGAAAACUAGCAUGGUGUUUUCCAUUUUUGUUGAAGGGGCAUGCAUGAGUUAAGAUACAACCUUUAUUUCAUCACCAGCAGUAGCAUUUUACUAGUGCUGUUCUUGGUAUGAAAGGUAAAAAGCCAAUUUAAGCCAAUAGAAUCAAGCUUUUUAUUCACAAAAUCUACAGUAUGUGUUGUGCCCUUCCAUUGAAUUACAUAUACUCUUAAUGCUUUCUUAAAAUGACUUAAUAUUGGCUAUCAAUGUUUUAAUUUCAUGUAAUAUUAAGAAAGCAGUAGGUUUAAUGUCUAAUAUGGGCUAUUACAAAAGUUUAUAGAGCUAUUAUUAUUAUUGGAGUAGUGUUGACAUUUCAAAUAAAUGCAGUUUUUCAAGUCUCAUUUUCAGGAAAAUUGGAAAUGUUUGGGAUUUCAGUGGUUUUGUUAAAAGUUUAGUUCAUUGAGCUUGUGGUCGCUGCAUUGUAUGUAAAGCCAUUAAUUCCUUUUGGUAUUGUAAUUCUAAAUUUUGCGUCCCAAGUUUCACUCCUCAAUUUGAAAAGACCUUAUGUAAAUAAUAUAUACAUCUCCUCCCAGCUUGCCGAAGACAACAACCAAGGAAAUUUGAUGAAUCGUUAUUUAUUUUGUAAGAUGAGUGUUUCUCAACUGGUGUGGUGCCAGACAUUAAUAGGAGCACCAUGCGAUUUUGAAAAGCUACACCAGAGAAAUAUUUUAUGAAUUUUCUCAUUUUUCCGGGCAAUGGGAAGCGGUAAGAUUGAUGCGAUGGCCUGUACUGUUAUUAAAUGUUUUGGUGUCGGCACCUCAUUGUUAACCUGUUCAAUUCCUAAAUCAUUUUGGUUUUUAAGAAGAAUUUAGUGGUAGCAUGAGGUCCUGUGCUAGUCAACAGAACACAAAGUGCAGGGCUCAGCCUUAGCAGUCUGGGAACAGUUCAGUGAAUGAAUGUGAUCAGAAUAUUAUCUGGUUGAGGUUUGGUACAAAAUAUAUGGUGGUAUUAAAAUAACUAGACUUAUUCCAAUGGGCUGCCAUCUGCCAGUAAUGUCCUUUUCUAAAGAAAUGAAUUAAGGAGACAAAAAUGUAAUACUUUAUUUGUAUACACAGUUUCCACACUCUGUAGCGUUCCGAUUUCUUUAUUUUGUGACCGCGAGCGAGUUCAUUAAGUUUCAAACUGUGUGUUCUGUUUUAAAUUUGUAAAAAAAAAAAACAUUUGAGAGUUUUUUGGGAAGUGAAAUGUGACCAGCAGGUUUAAAUUUGCAGGCAGAUGACGUUCCUUGAUUUGAGCCAGGAUAGAGAGUUUAGAUCAGCACUAAAUUCGUACCAGUCCAGCACUUUUAUUUUGUUAAACUCUUUAUGGUAUCUAUCAUAGUUUAAAAUGAAUAUGACUAAUUUGAUAUAUGUGGGGUAUGGGUUUUAUGCAAAAUUAAUGUGGUUUCAGAUUAGUUGUAUUUCAGUGAUGUGAUUGAGGCCAAGAAAAGAUGGAUCUAGAUAGUAUUGUGUUGAAAAUCUGAGUUUAAUUGCUCACACUACAGCAUAUUUUUCUGAGAUAUCUAGUAAAUAACCAUGCAGGUUCUUAGUGCUAGUAAUUAUAAAAGAACUAAUAAUUUUCUGUGGCCUGAUUUAAGUAAAGUUUGUCUGAAUCACUUUAACUUUUUUGUCCAUUGUGCAGAACCUUAGGCACAAUUAGAUAAAAACCAGCGGCACACAUUUAAAAUUUGAAGUUUUUUUUUUCAAAAUAAAGCUAAAAAGUAUUUUAUUAAAUAAUGGGAAUGUAACGCACAGGACCUUGGUGAAAAUGUAAAAAUAUUGUGUAUGUUGUAAGUGAUUUGUUUGACUCCAGAGUAUCUUUUUUUUAUCUGUUGAUUGAAUUUUGUUCUCAGCAUUUCAUUAAAAUCCAGGACAAAGUACAGCUGAAAUCAUCAGAGCAAACUGUGUCUUUAAAAACAUUUAUUCUUAAACCUGGUGGUUGUACAAGAUUGUGGUCUCUGUCUUGAGUUAAUAACAUAGAUUUCUAUUCAUUACACAUUCUUAUGUGGAACCAUGUUUUUGUUGCUGAAAAAAAAAAGUUUUUUUUAUGUAUUUUUAUUUAAAAUCCUGCCCUGAACCUUUUUUUUAAAAAUGCACACCACUUCCCCAUCUCAAGAGAGUAUGUUUAACAGGUUCCCCUAAAUUGCCUGUCACUAAAUAUUGGGAACACAGGCUAGUAAUUGACACGAAAUGUGUGCAAUGUGUUUAUAACAAUUGUCUUUGAGGGCUUAAGGAUACAUAGAUAUUUAC